AUGAUGGGGUCUCUUCUGAUUUUCAAUGAGAACAACUACCGUCUGCCGCUCUUCCUAGUGGCAAUUUAUAUUUUCGCUUGGUUUCCGCUAAUCAUGGCGGUCGGUAAAAAUAACAACAAAAUGGGCAAGAAGGGAGGUAAAAAGAAGGCUGUUGAUCCCUUCGCCCGUAAGGAGUGGUACGAUAUCAAGGCCCCGUCGAUGUUCAGUAACCGUCAAGUAGGAAAGACGCUCAUCAACAGGACGCAAGGAACAAAGAUCGCCUCUGAAGGUCUCAAGGGACGCGUGUUCGAAGUAUCAUUAGCUGACUUGAACGACUCUGAAGCUGACUUCAGAAAGUUCAAACUUGUCUGUGAAGAUGUGCAGGGUAAAAAUGUGCUCACCAACUUCCACGCUAUGUCAAUGACCCGUGACAAGCUUUGCUCUAUCGUCAAGAAGUGGCACACCCUCAUCGAAGCUAACGGCGUGUUCAAAACGACCGAUGGCUACGUUCUGCACCUUUUCUGCAUUGGUUUCACCAAGCGAUCACCAAACCAGGUUAAGAAGACCACGUACACAAAGGCCUCUAAGGUCCGAAAGAUUCGCGCUAGAAUGCUAGAGUUGAUGAAGAAGGAGGUCUCCGGAUGUGACUUGAAGGAGGUGUGCUCCAAGCUGAUCCCUGACUCCAUUGGCAAAGACAUCGAGAAGGCGUGCCACGGAUUGUAUCCUCUCCAGGACGUGUACAUUCGCAAGGUGAAAAUCCUCAAGAAACCUCGCCUCGAUAUCGGCCGUCUUAUGGAUAUGCAUGGUGAUUCUGUCACAGUUGGAGCGGAUGGUGAGAAGGUAGAUCGCCCUGACGACUACGAACCCCCCGUUCAAGAAACCGUCUAA